GGAAAUCUCAUGGGAUGGAGACAGUUUUGUGGAAGUCAUGGCUGCACCCCAUCUGAAAGGAAAACUCUGUGGUCUGUGUGGCAAUUACAACGGGCACAAGCGAGAUGACCUGAUUGGGGGGGAUGGGAAUUUUAAGUUUGACGUGGAUGACUUCGCUGAAUCCUGGCGUGUGGAGUCCAACGAGUUCUGCAGCCGCCCGCAGAGAAAACCUGUGCCUGAGCUGUGUCAUGGCACAGUCAGGGUGAAAUUCCGAGCUCACCGUGAAUGCCAGAAACUCAAAGCAGGGGCGUUUCAGAGCUGUCAUUCAACAGUGGAUUAUACCACAUUUUACCGGUCCUGUGUGACAGACAUGUGCGAAUGCCCGGUCCAUAAAAACUGCUACUGUGAGUCAUUCCUGGCAUAUGCCCGAGCCUGUCAGAGGGAAGGGCUGAAAGUCCAGUGGGUACCGGAGCAGAACUGUGCAGCAACCCAGUGUAAGCACGGUGCAGUUUAUGAUACCUGUGGUCCAGGUUGUGUCAAAACAUGUGACAACUGGAACGAGAUUGGCCCAUGCAACAAGCCCUGCGUUGCAGGGUGCCAUUGUCCAGCAAAUUUAGUUCUUCACAGAGGAAGAUGCAUCAAGCCAGUCCUGUGCCCACAGCGAUGACAUUAGUUCUCUUUCCACGGACACAAAUGGGGGUGGUCACGGACCCCUUUGAUGCUCACAGCCAGUGAAGGACUCCAGCUAUUGGUGUGCAGAUGCUGCAAAGUACACGGCUACUCACAGAGUGUAAAUAUGUUCCUGUGUGUGUAUUUAUGUGUGUUUAUGUACACACACGUGGCACCUAGAAAGAUAUAUAAAUGUAUACUGUGUGUAUGGAGAUACACACAUCUGUACACAAGUGCCCUAAACGUAAGUAAAACCCGUAUAUUUAUAUAUAUGUCCACACACACAAAUAUCCAUCAUUUCUAUAUAUCAUAGAAGGAUGAAUUAUUAUAUGUAUAUUUUUUGCUAUAAAGUUUAUGUAUUAUUAUUUCAAGGACCCUGAUCUGUAAGUCAUUGUAUAAAUAAACCAGGUGCUUUUAAUAUAA